AUGACGAUACCCCCACCGCCGGCAGAGACGAAUAAACGGCAAAAUCCAAAUGCGAAAGACAAGAAAGACAAGAUGAGUCAACCCGACGACAUCCUAGCUGCGAUAAACGAGUUCCUGGACGACCCGCUAUACGCGUACGAUCUUCCGCUGCCAGGACCGUCCGACCAGCGAACACCGCAGCCGACCAGCCGUCCGCCAACCGGCCCAGCCGCCCGACCACCGAGCCGGCCGCCGAAGAUCGGCACGCUAAUCCAGCGCUCCGACCGCGUCAAUCAGCUGAAAUUGGAGCAGCUGAUGCAGGCUUCGCCACCGCCGCCUGCCCGCUCGCGACCACCAGCGAGCACUCCAGCCCGCAAGAGAUCGCGGGAAACCGAGGGAAAGACCGGCGAAGAUCAACCACCUCGCCUCCUGAUGCCGACAGGCCCGUUAACGCCGCCGCCGAUCCGGGUACAAGUGGAGCCCGGCGUCGUCUUCGACGUGCCCCACUUCGCCGUGCACGUCUCCCGGAAAUAUAAGAUCCAGUCACCACAAGGCCACUGGAUAAUGCGAUUCUCGAAGACCGGAGAAUUGAGAUACCGCCGCCGUCUAAAUUAA